UCCUUUGGCACGGGCUGAAGACUGGCCGGGUUCUGGAGCCGUGUAUCAGAGGGUCAUUGUCUAUUGUUCUCCAAACAGGGAUCGAGUCUUUCACACCAAGAGAUUCGUGCUGCAGUUCUGUCCAGGGCUCUUCCCAGACAUCGAGUCAAGUGGCCGGUGAUUUCAAACAAAGGGAGAACAGGACAGGAGGAAGAUCAUUAGUUUUGCUCUUAUUCUACACCCUGGUCCCCCGUGGCGUCGGAGCUGGGUGUGAUGGGGACUCGGAAAUGCGGAGGCUGCCUGAGUGGUCUGCUCAUCCCCCUGGCCCUGUGGAGCAUCAUUGUGAAUAUUUUGUUGUAUUUCCCCAACGGGCAAACUUCCUACGUGAGCAGCAGUAAAAUCACCAACUAUGUGUGGUAUUUUGAAGGCAUCUGUUUCUCGGGCAUCCUGAUGCUCAUUGUAGCCACGGUUCUUCUUCUACUGGAGAAAGAGAACAACUACAAAUGUUGCCAGAGUGAAAACUGCAGCAAAAGAUACAUGACGCUGCUGUCGAUUAUCUUUUCUGCCCUUGGAAUUGCUUUCUCUGGAUACUGCCUGGUCAUCUCCACACUGGCCCUUGUCCAGGGGCCCUACUGCCGCACCCAGCACGGCUGGGAGUACGCCUUUGAAGGCACUGCGGGACGGUUCCUCACAGAGUCCAGCGUAUGGAUGCAGUGUCUGGAGCCCCCACAUGUCGUGGAAUGGAACAUCAUCUUAUUCUCCAUCCUAAUAGCUCUCAGCGGGCUUCAGGUGAUCGUGUGCCUCCUCAAGGUAGCCAUGCAGCUAUCCAAGAUCCUGUGUGGCACCUACUCUGUCAUCAUCCAGCCUGGAGUCAUUUGAAUGAAGACAGAUAUUGUUCCAUACCUGCAGGACAGACUGGAGAAGAUACGCAAAUAUUUUCUCUGUUGUUUAUUUUUCCCACUUGUGAAAUUCACAGUCCUCAGUGGAAAUACCAAUGGUGCCACUUUCCAGAUUUUUUCAAAGAAAUGGGUGUCAGGAUCUUCAAAACUGUUUAUAACCUUUGAUCAAACAAAUAUAUUUUCUGUAAACUCUGUUGUGAUAGUAAUUAAGAAUGCUAAAAGAAAAUUUUAGGAAAAUUCAUAUAUUGCAUAAUUAUUUAAUAUUCUGAAAAAUUAGAAAUAUACCCCAAAGUCUCACAGGAUAAAGACUGGACAAAGAAUAGUAAAUUAGGGGCUAGAGCGAUAUAGCACAGCGGGUAGGGCAUUUGCCUUGCACACGGCCAACCCGGGUUUGAUUCCCAGCAUCCCAUAUGGUCCUCCAAGCACCGCCAGGAGUAAUUCCUGAGUCAGGAGGAACUUCUGUGCAUCGCCGGGUUUGAACCAAAAUGCCAAAAAGGAAAAAAAGAAAAAAAAGUAGUAAAUUAUUUGUGAUGGGGGCAGGUAUUAAGUCACACCUGGAGUAAGCCAGGGACUUACUCCUGGCUCUGUGCUCAAGGGUCACUUCUGGUGGUGCUCACGUGAUCUUAUGUAGUACCAGUGAUGAAAGCAGGAUUGGCUGAUUGCAAGGCAAGCACUUAACCCCCGUAUCUCUCUGGCUCAAUUGUGAUUUUUUAAAAAUCAUUAUAAACGUUACACAGCCACUACAAAUGAUGUUUUAAAUAGAAGUACCGUCAUAUGAAAUUACAGAUUACAAAUUUAUGUUUACAUUAGCAUAAGACAAUCACUGUCACUAUAUCACUGCCAUCCCGUUGCUCAUCAAUUCUCUUGAGUGGGCACCAGUAACAUCUCCAUUUUGAGACUUGUUACUUUUUUUUUGGCAUAUUGAAUAUGCCACAGGUAGCUUACCAGGCUCUGCCAUGCGGGCGAGAUACUCUUGGUAGCUUGCCAGGCUCUCUAAGAGGGGCAGUGGAAUUGAACCUGGGUCAGCCAAGUGCAAGGCAAACGCUCUACCACUGUGCUAUUGCUCCAGACCAAGACAAACAAUAUAUCAAAUAAUCCUAAUAAAUUCAGGAUAAAAACGAAAUCAAGAAGAAUUUAUCUAAAAGUAUCAGCUGUGGUUGAUUUGGGUCACAGAUGACCUCUCUGCUUACUUUAAUCUGUAUUUUAUGCAUUUUUAAUAUUAAGUUUGUAAUUAAGACACUUAAAAAUUUAUUUUGAAUCUUAAUUUUCCCCUAUUUUUCCAGGUUUUAUGUUUGCCACCUUUGGAAAAUGAGAAAAAUAGAGUAGUUUUAAAAAGAUUAGAUAAACCUAAAUAAUCACUCCUAGUGGCAAAUGUGGCAAGCUAUGAGAGAUAACUUUGAAAUAAAUGAACAGUCCCUGGUUAACCCAAAGCAUUAUUUUUUUUAAAGUGACCUCUGACCAGUGGAUACCUAUGUCAUGGGGUUACCCCUACCUAUUUAUAAAUUUUUUCCAAUAAAUGUUUUAUUUAGGCACUGUGAUUUACAAAUAUGCUCAAAAUAGAGUCUCAGUCACACAAUGCUCCGACACCAAUCCCACAGCCAGUGUCAACUUCCCUCCACCAAGGUCCCUAGGUUCUCUCUCAUCCCUGACUCUGUCUCCUUCGAGGCACGUCAUUCAGUCUGCUUUUUGGGUCACACCCGGCGGUGCUCAGGGGUUACUCCUGGCUCUGCACUCAGGAAUUACUCCUGGCGGUGCUUUGGGGACCCUAUGGGAUGCUAGGAAUCGAACCCGGGUCAGCCACUUGCAAGGCAAACGCCUUACCUGCUGUGUUAUCGCUCCAGCCCCGGCACAUCAUUAAGUCUGAUGAUGGUAGUUUGGGUCCCUUGCUUACAGUGUUGAUGGCUCUGGGGUUUAGAUACACACAGCGAACACCUACUCUCCACUAAGUGUCCAAGGCCCCUCACCUUUGCCCUUGUGGCCUCUUGCCCACCUUUUCUUACCCCCCCUCACCUCUCUCCUUCCCAGGCCUCGUGUUCAGUACAACAUUUCAAGCAUCACGCCAGACUUCCCAUGAUUUUCCUGAGGACAGUUGUCAUACCUUAUACUUUCCCAUCACCCCCAGGGCCCAACACAAAGUGGGCAUAGUCAGCGCCGGGUGUUGGCCCUUUGGCUCUCCUGACCGGUUCUGGUGUGAAUCGUUUUCCAUGCGGAGUCCACUAGACUACUUGCCCCUUGUCCUGCACCAUGGACCCUCUAAAAUCCUCUAAAAACAGGAGGGCAGGGGGUGGGGGGACGUGGUGGAGAACACCUACCCCCUUGGUGAUUCUCUUCUGAACCUCCUUUGGGAGAAGCCGCUCUCUCUGCAGCUUUUGCUGCCACAGCGUCUUGAACUUGGGUAGACUUGGCAUGACUUGGUAGAUACCAAUCCAGUGGCAGCCCAUUGGCACCCGACUGGCCUCUGGUUUACUCAAGCUUAAGACGCUGUUCACUGGUGUUCAGUCUUUCUGGAAUUUGAAGUAGGAAGCCAGAAGGAAGCAAAACUCAUUUUUUAAAAAUUAUUAAAGGAGGAAGAAUAAUCUCAAUAUGCAGGUAUUAUUUGCUCCAUCAAGCCCGUACAUUCCUAUCCAGUGCCCUCUUUUUGCUUAGUUCUCAUGAAUACUCGCCCACCCUCCUGUAAGCAGACCCACCCCACCUGUCCAUCAGACUCACUCAGACUGUCUCAGUCCUAAGUUCAUUCUGGGACCACACAUGGAAUGCAGUAGAAUAAAUGUCAGACAAAAGACUGGAAACCAUUCCUGAAUGUUAAUCAUGAAGUUAUUGUUUGCCUGAUAAUGUAAUUAUGAGUUUCUUUUUUUCCUUACAUUGUUUUAGAUGUUCAAAUUUUUCUUUGCAAAUGUCCUACUUGAAUGACUUGAAAAAAAUAAAUCUCAUUUAAAAAGCGAGUUUCCUCCAAAGUUUCCUGAAAAAUUCAUCUUAGGAGUUUAUUAUAAGGAAGAACAGGUCAUGGAGGCGAGACGCAUGAAGGCCUUUUUUCUCUUGUCUUAGAAGUUAUCUAUUUUAUAAUCCUUAAUAUCAUAUUAAUUGGUAAUUAAUUAUAUGCUAUGCAUGUAUACUCAUAUUUAGUUUUUCUUUCUUUUUGUCUUGCUUCUAUCUUGUACUUUUUCUAACUUCUAAAAUGAAUGACUACCUAAUUCUCAACCUUCCUCUUCUAUUAAAAUGAAUAUUUAAAGCUAUACUUCUAAGAAUUUAUGACCUCUUUAAGAUUUAGCAGUGUUGUACUUUUAUUAUCCAAUUAUAAAUAUGGCCUGUUUUUCUAUUUGCUUUAUUUUGUUAUGACUGUGAGUGUGCUCUAAAGUUCUCAUAUAAAUCAGUUUUGUUGUUUUUUUAAAUUUUAGUUCCGACUUAUUUGCAUUGUGUUCAGCAAAUGUGGUCUUUAGGAUUCUGAGUCUUUACUCUGUUUUUGAUAUCUUGGUCAUCCUGAUCAGUGUUCAGGCUUACUCAUGGCUCUGUGUUCAGGGUUGACUCCUGGAAGCUCUCAGGGGAAUACAUACCAUUUUAGGGAUCAAACCUGGGUCAACCGCAUGCAUGAUACAAUACAUGGUAAAACUCUUUACAAUCUCUUUGGCCUCUUUGAACCUUCUAAAGAUUUACUUUAUGGCUAGUAUUUGUGUUUUAAAGGUAUAUGCUUUCUUUAACUGAGUGCAAGAUUUUAUAUAUGCCCAUUAAAUCUUUUUAUUUUUUAAA